GUUGUGUUGAUCGUGAAAGUCCGUUCCUUAAAAAUAAAUUAAAAAUGACAGAUUGUUUGCUAGUUACAGAAACAAAAAAACAAGCCAAUAAAAAUCAAACCGGCGAUGAUGAUAUGUUUAUAUUUAAUAUUGUUAAAUUGCCUGUCAUUGUAGAAGUUUCUUUCAGUCGAUUAGAUUCAGGUGUAUUAGGUUCGGCGGGACCCACUAGAUUACAUUUGAUGAAAAGUAAAGAUGGGAUAUUUAGACUGUAUCCACAAUCAUUAUUGAAACAAUUUGAACUUACAACGCAUACGGAAUAUCGACCUUCUGACAUACAAGCAGAAUUUAACUCCAACGUUGAUUAUUGGUUUGAAGAUGAUGUGACCCCAGUUAAAAAAUCUCAGAUAGGAUUU